AUGUCGACAAGUAUUUCUGUGGAUAAAUUUAAAGAGAACUUAUUGGAAGCUGCUUUGCGAGCGAAGGAGAAUGCUUACUGUCCAAUAAGUCAUUUCGCUGUUGGUGCAUCAGUGUUGACUAGUGAUAACAAAAUAUUUUCUGGUUGUAAUGUAGAAAAUGUUUGUUUGCCGUGUGGUUGGUGUGCUGAAGUCAGUGCAAUUGGUACAGCAGUAUCAAACGGUCAUCGAAAAUUAACUGCCUGUGCUGUAGCAACUAACUCGCCUACCUACGUUACGCCAUGUGGACGUUGUAGACAAGUGAUAGCAGAGUUUUCUGAUAGUCAGUGUAUUAUAUUUCUUGUGAAUAAGGACAAAGAAGUGAAAACUGUUGAAUUCGGUGAACUAUUACCUUCUGGAUUUAGUAAUGAAGACUUGAAGAGUGGAUGUGCAACGAAGGAGAAGAAAACUUAA